AUGCAUUUUCUAGGCUUGAGUUUCUCUUUCGCCAUUUUAUUUUGUGUAAUACUUAGUUUGGUGGAUGGACGAGCUAUAACCCGUUAUCAAGGAGGACGAUUCGGUAGCAGUGAUGUUACUGGUGAUGUUCUCUCAGGCAAUUCUAGGGCACCUUAUGGGUCAAGAACUAAACCUGAAAUUCGCCUCCAUUCAGCACAUGGACAACACAGAGAACUGAGAUAUAGAGGUGGUCGAGGUGGUCGCCAUCAUCAUCAACAUCAUGACGCAACAGACCCUAAUUUUGAAAAUCAUUUGAUGCGUGAAUUGAGACGAUAUUUGUCAGGCACAACUGGCAGAAAUCAUCACACAUUUGUUCAUGGUGUAAAUAGAUAUGGAAACCAAGGAGGUGUUUUGUAA